AUGUGCAUCGUCGAUGACGUGAUUCUCUUUGUUGUGUCUCCGUCUGAAGCCGCCGUGGAAGCCGUGACUCAGGAGUUGUUCAGCUGUCCCACUCCGGGCUGCGAUGGCAGCGGUCACGUCAGCGGGAAGUACGCCCGACACCGCAGCGUCUACGGCUGCCCGCUCGCCAAGAAGAGGAAGGCUCUGGAGAAACAACCGCCGGAGCCGGCCAACAAGAGGAGGCCCUCCGGCGCCGCGGGGGAGGGGCCGCCGGAGGCCGCCGCCCACAACCGCUACGGGAACGGAGCCGCCGCGAAGGUGGCGGCGGGAGGGAAGGAGCGAGGGGAGGUAGCGGAGGAGGACGAGGAGGAGGACGAGGAGACGGAGAGGGAAGGCGACGAAGAUGGGGACGUGGAGGACGAGUUCUCGGAGGACGACGAGGAGCAGGGGGAGGAGGAGGAGGAGGAGGAGCGAACGGGCGCGACAAUGAAAAGACGGCGGGUGGAGGAAGAGGAGGAGGAGGAGGAGGACGAGGAGGAGGGGAUGUAUGAGGAGGAGGAAGAAGUGGAGGAUGGUGACGACGAGGAGGACGAUGAGGAUGACGAAGAGGAGGAGCAGCAUCGUCAGCGUGUCGAGAUUCACUACAAACCCGGCGGACAAUCGAAGCUCCUUCCGAUCCAGAAGGACAACAACAACAACAACAACCACGCCCACGGCGCCAUCGGCGUGGGCGUCGCCGGAGAGGACUGCGAGAACUACGACGAGCUGGUCGCCAAGUCGCUGCUCAACCUGGGGAAGAUCGCCGACGACGCCGCCUACCAGGCCAUGACCGAGUCCGAGAUGAACAGCAACUCGUCCAACAGCGGCGGCGAGGACGAGGACGAGGAUGACGAGGAGUACGGCGGCGGCGGGCGCCGCGGACGCCGGAAGGGCGGGCUGAGCGUGGACCUGGACAGCGACGUGGUCCGCGAGACGGUGGACUCCCUGAAGCUCCUGGCGCAGGGACACGGCGCCAUGCUGCCCGAGGACGGCUACCCGGAGGGCGCCAUGCUGGACGACAUCGCCCACGCCAACGGGCGGGCCGGCGGGGGGGGGAGGGGCCGGGCGGGGGAGAGCGAGGAGGAGGUGUGCCUCAGCAGCCUGGAGUGCCUGAGGAACCAGUGCUUCGAUCUGGCUCGCAAACUCAGCGAGACGCAGGCGUGCGACCACCCGGCGCUCCACGCGCUGCACCACCAGCUGCAGAUGCCAACGGACCACCAGGGGGCGCACCACCUCAACAGGUACGGCACAUCAAAGGCAUGACCCGUAUGAGCAGAACGACCCAAUGGACCGCCUUCCCCGCUCUGCCUCAGGUACGACAGCUGCCAGCAGAGCGCCCAGGAGGAGCAGCGCUCUCUGGAGCGCAGCUACUCCGACAUGGUGAACCUGAUGAAGCUGGAGGAGCAGCUGAGCCCGGCGGCGUCGCGGGGCUACCCCACCAGCUGCAGCCAGGAGGGCGACGAGGACACCACGUCGGUGGCGUCCGACCGCUCGGACGAGACCUUCGACAUGGCCAAGGGGAACCUGUCGCUGCUGGAGAAGGCCAUCGCCAUGGAGUCGGAGAGGGCCAAGGUCACGAGGGACCGCGUGGCCCCGGAGCACCCGCCGCCCCGCCGGGACAACCACCACCACCACCACCGGGGCCACGGCGAGCACGGCUCCCGGCUGAGCUGCGCCGGCGAGGAGCGCAAGUCCAGGAUGCACCACGACGGGCUGAAGAGGGCGUACUACCCCAAAGACUCGUCCCGGGGGGAGAAGAAGGAGAGCAAGUGUCCGACGCCGGGCUGCGACCAGCCGCGUCACGGGGUCUGUUGUACCAGCCACCGGCAGCGUGCCGGGGGCCCCCUGGCUGACCGGGUCCCGCCUGAGAACAGACCCGGACUAAAGAGGACUAACGAGAACUAA